UUUUAUCCUCUUACAGUCUCCUCAGAUCUCCACUCAUCCUCCAGCUCUCAGACAUGGCGAGUCCCGGACAGAAAGUGGUGCUGAUCACCGGCUGCUCCUCCGGUAUCGGCCUGAGGAUGGCUGUGAUGCUGGCCAAGGAUGAGCAGAAGCGCUACCAUGUAAUCGCCACAAUGCGUGAUCUGAAACGCAAAGAUAAGCUGGUGGAAGCUGCUGGGGAUGCAUAUGGAAAAACUCUGUCUCUGGCUGUACUGGACGUCUGCAGUGACGAGUCGGUCAAACAGUGUAUUAACGGCAUUAAAGACCGACAUGUGGACGUCUUAAUCAAUAAUGCAGGUAUCGGCCUGGUGGGUCCAGUGGAGAGCAUCCCCAUUGAGGAGAUGAAGAAAGUUUUUGAGACCAAUUUCUUUGGGGUGAUCCGCAUGAUCAAGGAGGUGAUGCCUGAUAUGAAGAAAAGGAAAGGAGGACACAUCAUCGUGGUCAGCAGUGUGAUGGGACUACAAGGGGUGGUGUUUAAUGAUGUGUACGCAGCUUCCAAGUUUGCCAUGGAGGGCUUUUGUGAGAGUCUGGCUGUGCAACUCUUGAAGUUUAAUGUCACAUUGUCAUUGAUUGAGCCGGGCCCAGUGCACACAGAGUUCGAAGCAAAGAUGAUUCAGGAUGUGAAACAGAAGGAGUAUCCCGGAGCUGAUGCUGACACAGUGCAUUACUUCAAAAACGUCUAUCUUCCUUCCUCUGUGGACAUCUUUGAGACACUGGGACAAACGCCUGAUGACAUUGCCAGAUGCACCAAGAAAGUGAUUGAAGCAAGCAGCCCGCGUUUCCGUAACCUGACCAACCCGCUGUACACGCCCAUCGUAGCACUGAAAUAUGCUGAUGAAACUGGAGGCUUGUCUGUCCAUGCCUUCUACCACAUGCUCUUUAACCUGGGUACUCUGAUGCACGUCAGCAUGACCGCCAUGAAGUAUCUCACCUGUGGAUGUCUGAGGAGCAGGACAGUUUCACCAAACUAGGAGCUAGAAAGCAGUGGGCAUUUUCCCUCAAUAAAGACCACACAGUACCUCGACUUUGAUGCCAGGGGAUCCUGAAAAACUGAUCAUACUAAUAUUAUCUGUCCAAAGGUUAUCGCUAAUGUCACUUUCACAAAUGAAGAAAACAUUACUAACAAAUCCAUUCAUAACGGAACAGCUUCACAGAGUUUAUCUUGUCAGAUUCCUGCUGUAUAUAUAUAGUUUGUACUGUAAUGAACAGUUUUCUCUAUAUAGUCUUUUGUGUAGCAUUGUAGCUUAUUAAUGUACAGAUACCGCAGUCCAGAUGAGUUUCAAUAUCACUGAUUUUAAGAGCUGUCAUCCUACCCAGAGUGCCAAAUGAGUAGGUUUGGAUUUAUGAGACAGCAUACUGUAGCCUGAUUUCAUUAUUUUAUCAGAUUAUGUUCAACUGUAAUUGGCUGAGAAAGACAGAUCUGCAUUUUGGUUAUUUAUAUCCUCCACAUCUUUGUACAUAAUUUUCAAAUAAUGUCAGUGUAUUGGAGCAACUAUUUUGGCAUUAAAAAUUGUAAUUUAUACCUUCUGAAACUGCA